AUGUCAGCUUCACACGAUUCUCAGAGUGUUCAAAGUAGUAGCGAAGUUAACGAUUCUUUGAAUAACUUGGAUGGAUCGCCAGAUAACUUUGAGGAAUUUUCGUCGAAUACUCAAACCGUACGUCCUAAUGAAAUUUCCUCUAAAGCAGCGUUGGCAUUUUCCAUACUCUGUGACUUACUGGAUGAAUGCACACUAGAUGUAAUAUUUGAAGUUCACAGAGAAACUAAGUUGGCAGCAUCUAUAUGUCAAAUAUAUGUCGCUCUUUUGCCGGGAUUGGAUAUUUUCGGUAAUCACCCUCAGUCAAACAAUUCCCCUACUUUCGAAUGUGUACAUUGUCAACGGCCUUAUCCAUCAAAACGGUACGCGCCUCACCUGGAAAAAUGUAUGGGUUUGGCGGGUAGAAGCUCAAGCCGAGUUGCUAAUUUGAGGAUGGGUAAUGAAAGAAAUUCAUCAUCACCACAUACUCCAUAUUCUGAAGACAAUGGAAACCCAAGCGAUUCCGACGGGGGUUUAUAUAUAGAUAAAAAACGCAAGAAAAUUAACGGAAAAUCUAGGGCUUCGUCACCUGCAAAAUAUUCAAAGUCCAAAAAGCAAAAGUCAAUGCCUGACGUAUCAAAUCUCGCAAAUGCAGGGACAAAGUUAAAGUUGAUAUCAAAGACAUCAACUGGAUCGGAAAGUCCUGCGCCAUUAUCUACACCCGAUAGCCCGCAUCGCGGACAAUCACCAUCCAAAAUCUCGUUUCCGACGCAAUCGGAUGAACUAAUCCAGAUCGAUAAGUCGAAGAAUGUAAACCAUUUUGAUCAAGAAAAAAAUUUUGGAAUCAAUGGGACUGUCGCUCCUAUGGAAAAUAAUGGGGAUACAUCCACACAAUCGACUAUUGAUAAUGAUUUAAUAGAUGUUGAUGAAGAUGAGACAAUAGAAGUACUUGAGACGUCCAAUAAUUCUAAUUUUUUGGCUUAG